AUGUCUCGCCCCCAGAACAUCGGCAUCAAGGCCAUCGAGGUCUACUUCCCCUCCCAAUGCGUCGACCAGGCCGAGCUGGAGAAAUACGACGGUGUGGCUGCGGGCAAGUACACGAUUGGUCUCGGCCAGACCAAGAUGAGCUUCUGUGAUGACCGCGAGGACAUCUACUCCAUGGCCCUGACCACCCUCUCCUCCCUCAUGAACAAGUACAACAUCGACCCCAAGUCCGUUGGCCGCCUCGAGGUCGGCACCGAGACUCUGCUGGACAAGUCAAAGUCGGUCAAGACCGUUCUCAUGCAGCUGUUUGCUCCCCACGGCAACACCAACAUUGAGGGUGUCGACAGCGUCAACGCUUGCUACGGUGGCACCAACGCCGUCUUCAACAGCAUCAACUGGCUCGAGUCCUCGGCCUGGGACGGCCGUGAUGCCGUGGUUGUCUGUGGUGAUAUUGCCCUGUACGCCAAGGGUGCCGCUCGCCCUACCGGUGGUGCUGGUUGUGUGGCCAUGCUCAUCGGCCCUGACGCCCCAAUUGUUUUCGAGCCCGGCCUGCGCGGCUCGUACCUCACUCACGCCUACGAUUUCUAUAAGCCUGACCUCACCAGCGAGUACCCCGUUGUGGACGGCCAUUUCUCGCUCAAGUGCUACACCGAGGCCGUCGAUAACUGCUACAAGGCCUACGACGCGCGCGAGAAGGUCCUCAAGGCGCAGCUCCAGAACGGCACCAACGGCACCAACGGCGUUGCCGACGAGUCCAAGACUCCGUUGGACCGCUUCGACUACAUUCUGUACCACGCCCCGACCUGCAAGCUGGUCCAGAAAUCGUAUGGCCGCAUGCUUUACAAUGACUACGUGAACAACCCUAUCCACGCCGCGUUCGGCGAGGUUGCUCCGGAGCUGCGCGAUAUGGACUACGAGAAGUCCCUCUCCGACAAGAUCGUCGAGAAGACCUUCAUGGGCCUGACCAAGAAGCGCUUUGCCGAGCGUGUGCAGCCCGGUCUGCAGGUGGCCACCCAGUGUGGCAACAUGUACACGGCCACCGUCUACGCCGGUCUGGCCGCUUUGCUCAGCAACGUCAAGUUCGACCCCAGCGAGCCCAAGCGCAUCGGUUUGUUCAGCUACGGCAGCGGUCUUGCCAGCUCUAUGUUCAGCGCCAAGAUUGUCGGUGAUGUCUCCCCUCUGGUUGAGAAGCUGGACCUGCACAACCGGUUGGAUGCCCGCACCGUCUUGGAGCCCAAGGCCUACGAUGAGAUGUGCCAGCUGCGCGAGCAUGCCCACCUGCAGAAGAACUUCAAGCCCACCGGCAGCACCGAGACUCUCCAGUCGGGAGCCUACUACCUCACUGAGGUGGACGACAUGUUCCGCCGCAAAUACGAGAUCAAGGCAUAA